GAUUCGCGAAUGGUCCGAGUAACCAAAAUUUUAUUAUGCGGGGCGUCCGGUGUCGGUAAAACCAGUCUUAUAUAUUCCCUUGAUGCGCUUUCAAAGAAUCUACCAGAUCUUCAUAAAUGUUUACCAACUUAUGAGGAUACCUACACUUUGUACAUAUCCAUCGAUAGGAACAAUCAGGAAAAAGUACGUAUUUAUGAAAUCGGGGGACAAAAUUCGACUAUUGCUCGUCAUUUCGUAAAUUCGGCUGAUGCGUUAAUUCUUGUUUAUGAUCUCACCAAUUUCGAGUCCUUUGCGGCACUUCAGAAUUUGAAAGCCGAUUUUGAUUCUAUGAAAGAAAGACGAGAAAUACCCACGGUAGUUAUUGGUAAUAAGAAUGACAGACCAAAGAAUUCAAAAUUUGAGACAAUUUCACCGAAUUUGUGGGCACAAAGAGAGAAAACUUCGUAUUAUGAAAUGAAUUUCGAGGAUAGAAAAAUUUUUCCUCAAGUGCUUUCUGAACUGGUUUUGAGAGUUGUUCAGCCUCAAAGUAAAUCUUUCGCAUUUGGCAAACGAGAAACUCGCCUUGACGUUCUUAUUUUUCUACUACCAUCGAAUUCCAUUCAUCUACUGAGAACUCAUGGCUCUGGUUCGCUGAAACCAGCGAUAUCUCCUGCUUACUCACAUCAGAAUGGUCUUCUUUUUGCUGGUCAUGCUGACGGUUUUAUUAGCGUUAGUGAUUUCUCCCAUAAGCGCCAGAUUUCCUCUUGGCUCGCGCACCCAGAUUCUCAGGUAAUCGGGUUGGCCGUUUCCAAAUGGCCAGCUACCAGCUCCCAAGAGGAACGUAUCAUUUCUCAAGGUCGUGAUGGAAAGAUUCGCUUUUGGGAGAUGGGAUGUCACCAUUCGUCUCAGAUUAAGCCUAUCGAAGAGCUGGAUUGUUGUUCAUAUACCCUGUGUCCUUUCCACAUUUGGCCAGCUGAUAAUUCUGAAUAUUUUCUCGUCUACGUGAAUGUAGACGACAAAGACGCUUCUGCUGUCAACUUGGAAGUUAUCAGGUCAUCAGAUAAUCUGAUCGUAUGUGCUGUAGAUUCCAGUCGAAUGUCUAAAUUUGGUAUGUGUAUGGCUCUUCGUGGAAUAGCUGGAACUCAGCAUUUCCUUUGUGGAUUUGAAGUCGGAUGUGUUGUCUUGUUCGAUAAAGGUCUUCCACUUUCCAGCGUUUUCCCUCUCUCCCCUACAGACACUAGACCAGUCACUUGUCUCGAUGUUUUCGUCGUGGAAUUAUCUUCAAAUGUGCUAAUAGCAGUUGGAAAGUCCGCAUUUGCCGAUGGUCAAGAACCAUUCCCUGAUUUCGAGAUACUGAAGCUGUCCUCGGAAGGUCCUUCUAAACUUUCUUUAGAACGAUGCGCCAAACCAAGAAUUGGUGAUAAAUCUUUCGACGGAAUUAGUUCGUUAGCGUGGAGAAAUGAUGGCCAGAUUUUGGUGGCUGGUCUUUGGAAUGGUGAUAUUCGAAUUUUUGCAGUGACUAGCCAAGGCCGAGCUCGGUGUCUUGGAAGCCUUAGAAGUCCUGGGGCAAUUGUUGGGGGAGGUACUUUGAUGGGUGACUGGGCAUCGAUUUCAGGAGUGGCUCCGGAAAGUCGGGAUCAGUCUCUCUCAGUCCGUGGAUGUCUGUUCUUGCCGAAUAAAUGUCUUGUCACAACCGCUCCCGCGUCUGCUAUGGGUCUCGGAGCAUUAAAUAUUUGGGAUGUAUAUAGAGAUUAA